ACUCCGAAGAGACUGCAUCGAAAUCAUUACGAACUAAACGAACGAAUCCGCACAAUCAAGAUGCGUGGAUUAUUCACCCUCGCCCUAGCAGCGACUGUACUCGCCCUCACGCUACUCUACAGCGCUCCUCUGACGCACGCUGCUCCGUCUAGUGCUGAUACCGAACAGUCUGACACGCCAGCAGCCCAGCAAGAUAAAAAAUCUACAGAAGACGACUACGCUCCAGCCGCCACUGAUUCCAAAGGGAGCCACAAAUCAUCUUCUAAGGGUGGCAAAUCAUUUAAAGAAGGCGAUGAAGGCCAUCACAGCGACGGUGACAAGCACAGCAACUUCAAGUCUUCAUCUUUCAAGAAGUCAGGGUCCUUCAAGAAGGGCGACUCGUUUAAGGAAGGAGACGAAGGCGGACACGACAAGAAAGGCACGGAUAGCCACAAAGAUGGAGGUGGAAAAAGCUACGGCGGAAGCUUCCACAAGAGUCACAGCUACUCCACCAAGUCCGGAGACCAUAAAGGCGGAAAGGGAUCCGCCAGCACAAAAUCCGACGAAAAAAAGGAAAAGAAGGAAGGAGAUUCAGGUGGAAAGAAGGAAUCUGAAGGAAAGAAAUCGGCGGAAGGCGGGCACAGUAAUCAUGAAGAUUUUGGUGCUCAUUUUGGCAGUUUCGGCAGCCAUAGCCACGACAGCAAAGGGUUUGAUUUCAAGGAUUUCAAAGCAGACUUCGAUAAAAGCGGACACUAAACAUUUACGCAGAGAGAAAUAUUUCGUAAAAUGUGUACAAUUACAUAUAUCCGAGUUGGACUUGCUAUUUGAGAAAUGUUUCUUCAAGAAUAUUCCCUAAGGUCGCAGCAUUUGCAUAUCAAUGAUUAAUUUAAAAUUUCAAACAUUCUGAAGCUCGUAGCAAUUGCAUAUCAAAUAUUAAUUUACAAAUUCAGACAUUCUGAAGCUCGUAGCAAUUGCAUAUCAAAUAUUAAUUUACAAAUUCAGACAUUCUGAAGCAUUUUGGAGUCCUAACAUUCAACAUACCAUUUCUUCUCAAUUUAGUCGUGAGAUAUUUCCACUGGGAAAAUCUCAGGUAUGAAUUUUAAUGUAUAUUAGAAUGCAGUUUCAUCUGAAGAGGUGCAAUCUAAACUUCUAAAUGCUUGCGGCUGAAAACUUUGAUGGAAAUAAAAGUUUACAACGGUAACUUGAACUCGCUCAAUUCGCAACGUUGAUGUUUGAUGUUGUUGGACGAAAAGUUCUCCUUGGCCAGAACAGAAUUAUAACCCUUGAAUUAUAUAACCCAUAAUUAUUAUAUAACCCAGAAUU